AUGGGUAAGGAGAAGACUCACGUUAACGUUGUCGUCAUUGGUCACGUCGAUUCCGGCAAGUCCACCACUACUGGUCAUUUGAUCUACAAGUGCGGUGGUAUUGACAAGCGUACCAUUGAGAAGUUCGAGAAGGAAGCCGCCGAACUCGGUAAGGGUUCUUUCAAGUACGCCUGGGUUUUGGACAAGCUUAAGGCUGAACGUGAGCGUGGUAUCACCAUCGAUAUCGCUCUCUGGAAGUUCGAGACUCCCAAGUACCACGUUACCGUCAUUGAUGCCCCUGGCCAUCGUGAUUUCAUCAAGAACAUGAUUACUGGUACUUCCCAAGCUGACUGUGGUAUCUUGAUUAUUGCUGCUGGUACUGGUGAAUUCGAAGCUGGUAUCUCCAAGGAUGGUCAAACCCGUGAACACGCUUUGCUUGCUUUCACCCUUGGUGUCCGCCAAUUGAUCGUUGCUAUCAACAAGAUGGACUCCACCAAGUACUCUGAGGCCCGUUACAACGAAAUUGUCAAGGAAGUUUCCACCUUCAUCAAGAAGAUUGGUUUCAACCCCAAGUCCGUUCCUUUCGUUCCUAUCUCUGGCUGGAAUGGUGACAACAUGUUGGAGGAGUCCACCAACAUGCCUUGGUUCAAGGGAUGGAACAAGGAGACUAAGGCUGGUGCCAAGACCGGCAAGACCCUUCUUGAAGCCAUUGACAACAUUGAUCCCCCUGUUCGUCCUUCCGACAAGCCCCUUCGUCUUCCCCUUCAAGAUGUUUACAAGAUCGGUGGUAUUGGUACAGUCCCUGUUGGUCGUGUUGAGACUGGUGUCAUCAAGCCUGGUAUGGUUGUCACCUUCGCUCCCGCCAACGUCACCACUGAAGUCAAGUCCGUUGAAAUGCACCACGAGCAACUUGCUGAAGGUGUUCCUGGUGACAACGUUGGUUUCAACGUCAAGAACGUUUCCGUCAAGGAUAUCCGCCGUGGUAACGUCUGCUCUGAUUCCAAGAACGACCCCGCCAAGGAAUCCGCUUCCUUCACCGCUCAAGUUAUCGUCUUGAACCACCCUGGUCAAAUUGGUGCUGGUUACUCCCCUGUCUUGGAUUGCCACACUGCUCACAUUGCAUGCAAGUUCUCUGAGCUCCUUGAAAAGAUCGAUCGUCGUUCUGGUAAGAAGCUCGAAGAUAGCCCCAAGUUUGUUAAGAGUGGUGACUCUGCUAUCGUCAAGAUGGUUCCUUCCAAGCCCAUGUGCGUUGAAGCUUACACUGAAUAUCCUCCUCUUGGUCGUUUCGCCGUCCGUGAUAUGCGUCAAACCGUCGCUGUCGGUGUCAUCAAGGCCGUUGAGAAGGUUGAUAAGGCUGGCAAGGUUACCAAGGCUGCCCAAAAGGCUGGCAAGAAAUAA